AUGCCAGAAGUCAAGCUUAUAGAAAAAGAACUGUUUAUAGAUAUUAUUGUGAUUACACCAAGUAACAUAAAUCCCUACGCCACAUACGAGGCGGGGGGAAUCGCCGAACUCGCGACAACUACGACCUCCCAACUGCCCUCAACGACGAUUACAGGCGGAGACAUGGUGCCCAGUAGUGCUGUUAACAGUAUGGCAAAAUCAUUAUACCAGACGACAACUGGUAAAGCUAUUAUGCGCCAGCAUAUGAAUGCUUCAUUGCUUCUAAGAUUUCAAUGCUCGUUUACUUUGUGUCCAUUUCCAAUAGAUAUAUGUGUAUAUAUUUACGCUUGUCUGUGA